GUUGUUGGGUUGUCGUGUUGUUAUGUUGUCAUGCUUAAAUUUGUAUCUUUGCCUCCUUGAUAAAGUUGACUACUUGUUUCAUUCCUUCCUCACACUCGUCCAUGAGGAUUUCUUCUAGCGGCUUCAUGUACUCCAGUACUUGAUACUCAGAUCUGAUGUUGUUUAAUCUCGGGCAGUAAUAUAAAAGAUGAUUCAGAUCUAGGGGGGUGCCACUUCGGUUCUGGCGGAUUUCUCGCGUCUGAAACUGCUGAAACUGCGUGAUCGGCUCCGUCGACUCCAGAUCCGAUCCGAACCCACGAUUUUUUUUCCAAUAAAAGUUAACUAAAUCCAUAUAAGCGUGUACCACUCUGCUGAGCUGUCAAUCGUUUUGUUGUUUUGUUUUCCUCCAGUUUCAUCACAAAGUGCGAACGUGUUCAAGUUGAAAGGUGUUUGGCCAACCGAGUCAUUUCCACGGCGGCCAGUUCUCGCUCCAGCAAGUGCGUCUUAGAAGCCUUCCCUCUUUUUACUCAUCCUGGACGAUUUUCCACCAGUCAGCGGGCAGCGGAACAUCCACCGUCGGUUUGAUUACGCCGCCUCCGGUGAACCUGCUGGUGAUGAGCGAGGCACUGGCGAAAGCGGCGCCGUGGAUUCUUGCGUGGCAACAGCGAUUGUGAAAUGGACAGAAAAGGUAGGAGAGGUAGAUGCAAAGUUCGGUUUUACCUUGAAGCAGAACUUGCAAAAGGGCACAUUGUAGAAGGGCCGGGGAGCGCAAAUUAAGGUCAUCGAGCAACUUGGGUGUUGUUGCGGUGGAGGUGCUUCGGGCGUGCCAAAUGAAAGUAUCUUGCGAACUAGAUCCGGCUCCGAUCGGCAAGAACAUACCCGCCCCGAUAGAGGAAAUGUUCCAGGCCAAGAUCCGGGGCGUGAUGACCGAAAGCGGCAAACAGUUUGUAACGUACUUCCGUCCACGAAGGAACGCUUCAGAAGUGACGUCACGACCUGGUCGAAGAAAUGCGAAAGACAAAUUCUCCGCCGACCAGUCGCCUGUUCCGUCCUGGUGGAACUCGCACAUCACCUACUCCCUGCCCGCCGCCAAGAACAACUUCCAGACCACGCACGGUCUCGUCCAGACACAUCCGUCCUUUGGAAAGCCGGCCCAUCGGCCAGCGGGAUCCCAUCGAUCGCCAACCCGAGCCCCCGGUCUCCGUUCCGUCAGCUGUACUUUAGCACCAGUGCCACCCCCCGAACUCCGCCUCAAUCCCAGCUUGUCCGCUCGGACGAGUGCCACGAAGGAGAACCGCCGAGGAUCUGCUACUACUCUACCGUGGAGUACUACAUCGUGCUGGGAGCGUAAGUUCAUCGAACUUCCAAAAAUCCACUUUCUCAAGACUAACCACCUUCUUCCCUUCUCUAGUGCAGGCAGACAGGAGGUCGGUCGGAGCGAUCGAAGCGCUUCAAGGAGGUUUGGUCCAAGCUGGUGGACACGUGCUUCGAGGAUGUUGGUGGAAUGGACAAGGCCUUGUGCCAGCUUAAGAUUGGACUAAUUAAGAUCGCCACCACGGAGUCGGUCGCGGUUUUUCCGCGGAACUCGAUCGAGAGUAGCCGCCAUCACAAUUAUCGUUUUCCAGCACCGCGCCCCGGUAUGAACUAAAGGUUUCGCCACCGCUAGACGGAUUUAUCCAUAUCGUCGGACAAGGUAGCAUUAAGCACCGAGAGUUCCUCGACGUCGCCGCUACAUGAAGACAGCUGCAACGAUUUACUAAUAUCUCCUCACUCGGAGAGUCGCAUAUCGACGUACAGCGUGGAGCUGAAGGCGCUACCGAUGGAAAAACCGCUGACCAGUAGGUUGUCCUAGAUAAACAGCGUAACGCCGAUCAGGAAAGCGAAUGCGCGGUACAACAAAGGGUGCCGAGCGGGUGUUCAGCGGCAUAUGGCCACGGAGAUAUUUCUUUCAUAUUCUUAGCUGCAGAAAAAGAAUAAAAUUUUAUUUACUACAAAAAUGCACACUCAU